CCUCACAUUAUAAAACUAGAAUAUUAAAAUUACCUGUGGUGCUUUGAUAUAAUUCGGUGGUCGGAUCGUAUUCGUAGUCGUUGACAUCGUCUAUUCCGUCGAUUGGACCGACAGGAUAUAAAUUAGAGUCGGGAUUGUCUCCCGGGAAAACCGUCUCUGCGGCAUCUGGCACGGACGUUUCGGGAUAACCUGAUGGGGCGACGAUACCGAAUUUCCUGCGGGAAGUGCUCAAAGCGCAGCACGUGGACAGCAGCACCGACACGUAAAUUGCGAGCUUCAUUUCUGAACUCAAAAAAACAAGCCUUCAAUAAUGCUAUUUAUAGUGUAAUUAAGGAUGGAAAAAGUUACUAAAUGGGCUUUUGAUACGUUAUUAAUUGUGCCAGAAAAUGAUGAUGGGGUAUAAAAGGUGGCUGGGGCUGGUCCAUCGGCAUCAACUCAUCCAAGAAACAUGAAAUCAGCGGUUAUCUUCCUAGUUGUUUUCGGCCUAGUCGCCUUCCUGCAGUUGGCGGACGCCCGUCGUAACCGUGACAGCCAAGACGAGGAUGAAGAGAACGAAGGUGGGCCGGGCAAUGGCAAAGGUCACAAGCAUGGAGGAAUGGGAGGUAAACAUGGAGGACAUGGAGGAAUGGGCGGUGGACAUGGAAUGGGUGGAAGACCCGGAGGACAAGGAGGUAUGGGCGGCAGGCCAGGUGGACAAGGAGGAAAGGGAGGACAGGGUGGAAUGGGUGGAGGCCCAGGAGGCAUGGGAGGAGGAUCUGGAGGAAUAGCAGGAGUACCAGGUGAUGAAGGUGGAAUGGGCGGAGGUCCAGGAGGCAUGGGAGGAGGAUCUGGAGGAGCAGAAGAAAGCAUUAAUGGCACAGAAUAAGCUGAUAAGUGUCUUCGAAUGUGUAAAACAUUAAAGAUAUCUUCAAAAUAUUUUUGGUCUUUUUCUUUCACACCUCCUUUUAAAACAG